UCUCGUAGAUUCCUAAAUUUUCAUUCACAAUUUGCAUCUUCUUCUGAGGGUUCUCAGAAUAUUUUCCCAACAUGGCAUCAGCUUCUGCACAUAAUAGACCGAAAUUAAGCUGUUUAAACAGAGGUCCAGGGCCUGUGUAUGGACUCCCCCCUCUCGUUGGCUAUGAAAAACACGACCCAUCGAAGUAUAGAAAUCCAGCUUACACUCUAAGAAAACGUCUGGCGAGUUUUGAUCAAACCGUGGGCCCAGGGCCCACCUAUGAUAUUGCCAAAAUGACGCGGAGAGGCCCAGAGAGACCCCCAGCAUUCACCAUUGCUGGCAGACAGAAGACAAAAGAUUUUAACGUUGGUCCCGGACCCUGCGGAUACCGACCAGAGGGCUGUCCCCCCAUGAAUCAUAUCCCGAGACCCCCAGCCUAUUCCCUGAAAGCGAGAUAUGUGGUUGAUUGGAGAUCGCAUGUGCCUGCCCCAAACAGCUACAUGGUCCCCUCUUGUCUGGGCCCUAGAAUACCAGAUAAAAGGGCCCUCGGGGCUUUCACAAUAACUGGACUCCACGGACUGAAAGCGAAAUCCCUGGGACCGGGCCCUGCGGCUUAUAUUUUCAACACAAAUACAGUGAAACGAAAAUAUCCUGCAUUUUCCAUCAAAUUCCGGACGACAAGCAACUUGCGGACAAUUGGCCCAGGUCCUGUACAUUAUCCCACGUACAACACGAGAAGAAAUGCUCCGAAAUUUUCUUUUGGUGUAAAACACAGCGAGUGCUCACCACCUCCAAUUACCCCAAUGGAUGAUGAGUGAUUCUUCAAUUUUUGUACUUUAUUAUACAAUAACUAAAUAAAAAUUA